AUGGCACACUGGGCACCAGGCGCCCACCCCCCUAUCAGCCGCCACCUUUUCGGCAACGAAUUCACCUACGACACCAUCCAUUUUCUCCAAUGCAGAGGCUAUUCCUUUGACGCGCUACCCAAUCCCGAUAUCUUCCAUGAGAAAUACAACGAUAUCAAUUACUGGAAAGCACAGCUAGCAUUUCGAGGAGCAUCAUCUAGGGGUGAUAUAUUGGAACUCAUUGAACGAUGUCUUGGUGCGGAAUUGCCGGAUCAAAUGCAUCCGAGGGUGGCUGUGGCGGGAAUUCAUAUGACGAGGGAGUAUGUGAGGUUGACGUGGGGGGAGGAUGAGGUUGAGUAUAUGGAGGAUGAGAUGUUGGAGUUGGAGGAGGAGAUGUUGGAUGAGGAACAGGAGAUGUUGGAGGAGGAGCAGGAGAUGUUGGAGUUGGAGCAGGAGAUGUUGGAGUUGGAGGAGGAAAUGUUGAAGGAGGAACAGGAGAUGUUGGAGUUGGAGGAGGAGAUGUUGAAGGAGGAACAGGAGAUGUUGGAGUUGGAGGAGGAGAUGAGAGUGAUCUAUAGUUCAUAUCGUUUGUAA